AUGGCUUCUAUCCGUUCAAUUCUGCUUGUGAUUGCCCUGGCUCUCCAAGGCAGUGAGGCCUUGCCUGAAUGUCAAGGCUCUGUUCACAAUGAGACAAUCGCUUAUUUCUACAGCGCUCCCAUGACCUUUAGCUAUGAGCUUGCAACAGUCUUGGAUUGCCAGAACUGGUGUGAGAAGGUACCAGCAUGCCAAGCAUGGGUCUAUGUUGACCAGUCAAAUCAAUGUGACCUUCAUCGCACGACGGCGUUGAGCGUCUCGGAUAACGCAGGGUUCAUCUUUGGCGGGUGCAAGCCUAGCGCUGUCAACGAAUCCCGACUAGCUCCUUCCCCUAGCCCCUCGUUGCACUCCGCUGUGAUCAGUACUCCGGCAGCUUCGGAAAUUGCUUCUUUGGCACAUGCUAGGCGCGAAAUCUUCCGUCAUAAGCACAAACGUUACCACUGA